AUGCGUCACAAUUACUGUUUAAGACAGGAAGCUGCUGACGAUCAAAUAAACAGAAUCAUGGGGCAGCUAAUUACUGUAUUUUCGUAUGCAACUCUUUAUUGCCGCCUGGGUAUAUCAAUAAAUCGCUUGAUAGCAAUUGCUGUACCAAUUCAAGCGGCCAAGUUGCUUACAAGACGGAACUCUUUUGUUUGCGUUCUUGUCGUCUGGUGUCUUGCAUUUUGCCACGCCUCUCCUUAUUUUUGGGCAUCUUGCUGUCAUAUAUACUACGAUUGCAACAUGUGGAGGUGGAUAACUGUUGGAUCGCAUUGGGGAAAAACUUUUAUUUAUGUUGACAAAUGCGGCAUAAUUAUCAUGAUCAUCACAUUUAUGUUAGACGUUGUUGCUGUGGCGAAAUUUAGGAAAGCCAACAAGGUGUUUUCCAACAACGCAAGCAUGAUGAGUAAGGCCCAGAGAAGAAGACGUCGCAUGGAGAUCAAAUUUUUCAAACAGGCACUCUGUCAAAAUGGACUUUCUCUGAUAGCUUUCAUCAGCUACCACUUCAUAAGCCCACUAUUUGGUGAUCGCUGGUUGGUAUUUCUGACAAGCACGUUCGUCUGGCAGCUUCUGCAUGCUUCCGAUGGGUAUGUCUUAUAG